UCAAAAGCAAAAUGAUGCUUCCGGGACGUGGGCUGGAUCUAGAAGACAAGACAAAGAUUGUUGCUAUACCCUAUACUUGGGUGGGGAGUUGGCAUGUCCUUCAUCGAGCUCAUUGCGGUAGAUUGUUUAUCGUCACCAAUGAGAUGAUUUACAAAAACUGGACAAGGUUCGGACGGUAGUGGAUUUUGGGAGAUCGUUACAGAUUGCGGGGAAUGCAAGCUUCAAAAAUUUUCAUCGGCGUGUGUGCGCAGAGUUGAUCAGUUGUCGUUGGAUAGCGAUUGGAUCUCGUCGCUGGGUUCUUAUCAUGAUGAUUUUGUGUCUGGAGCGUGCAGAGCGUGACUUUUCUAUAUUUUAGGAACUGAUGACAGACAGCGCAUACGCGGAUGUUUUAUUUCCUCACAGCAUUCCUAUGUUCCGGAGUCUGAUAGUCCGGCUCGAAUGUCAGUGUGAUUCCAUUGAUCCCACACCUUGGUGUGCCAAUGGGUCAGCUGGAACGACUGCAGUUCGAGGAGGAAGGCCCAAUAGCCUUUCUCAGACUUUGCAAUUGGGCCAGCACCCCACUUCCUGUUUCCCUCUUCAAGCUUGGCGCUCUCUCAUCCUCCCAAUCACGCCUUGCUCUUCUUUCCUACAAGCAACAAGCAGUAAUUGUACCUCUGGUUAGCAGGAAAGACGGGGAAACUACUUUGCGUUCGGAGUCAGUGGCGUCCUCUCUGCCACACACCUUGUCACCCCCAGCAUCCCCAUCCAAUGGAUUUUCUGAAGAUUAUUCCGCAGUCGCACAUACUGAAGCUCCCUUCACCCCUCAGCAGCUAUUAUAUUCCGAGAACCAUGAAUCAAAGGUCCCUCCGUCUUCCGAGUUCCGGUUUUCAUUGGGAGGCUCACAGUCCACGCCUUACAGAACUCCUACAUUUAUUUCAAGGCGGUCGUCUAAUACAGUUCAUGAAAAUUCCGUUUUUCCGCCUUACACAGCAACCCCGUACUUCACCCCUAUUGCUUCCACUCCUCUUUGUUCUUCCUCGCAGACUUCCCAAGAAACUGCGGAGUCGGGUUUUGUUGCGGAGUCCAAUGAACCGGUCAAGGUUUCUUCUUCUUUCUAUGUUAUUGAUAACAUUGACUGCUUCACUUGGGCAUACUGUGGGGACGACUUUGCUGCGAAUUUAGAAACUGAACCGUUUAAAGACAUUCUUUUUACUGCAGGGAGUGAGGGUUUGAUACUUCAUGCCUUCUGUAAUAAUAAUGAUGGUGUAGGUAGCAUGUUGGACAACAUAUGCGGAAGUGAUGGACAAUCAUUAGAGGAUACGAAGGAAUGUGAAGAUGGUGAAAGGAAUGGCAAAUGGCGGAUCUGGAGAGAACAUGAGGGACACACAGAUUCUGUCGACGAUCGUGGAAAGAGGAAGCUAUCCUUCCCAGACGAGAACAAUACUAACAAAGACGACUCAAGGAGUAAAGAAGCGGUGGCGGACGUCGGCGUAAAUGGCGGGUCUUCAUUUCAGUCCUUUGUUGUGGACGGGCAACUCGAGCAUUUUAAGGGUGGUUUGCACUUGCAGUUCCUCAAACAUUAUCCUUGGCCUACGUCAGCCAAGUGUAUCUCAUUCUCUUUACCUUAUACGUCUUCUUCAUUUUCACUUCUUAGCAAGUUUGGACAAACAAGCACUCAAGUUGAACAGUUUUCAGGAGUGACUGGAAGCGGUGCAGAAGAGAAGGACUUACAGAUUGCAAGGUUGCUGUCUAACCCUGCCCAGAAUCUUGUUGCACUGCUAAUGGUGGAGAAGUUCGCAGAGCUCAUUUGCGAAGCUGAGAUAGCGGCGGAGGAAAAACAUGCAGCUCAAUCAACUAUGGGACGAGUCAAAUUUCUCGAUAACUUCAGUGUCGUAGUUACAGGGGUUUAUUGUCAGGAUUUGAAGGUCCUUUCGCGCAUUGAUUCGCGUGACACAAAAGCAGGGCUCGCAGAGGUUGUAUCAUGGACAGAUUUUCAAUUAUCAGACAGGGUUUUUUUAGCUUUAAAAGAAGAUGGAAGAGUAUUUUUAUGGAACUCUUUUACAGGAAGUUUUAUUACACAAAUUGAUGUCCCACAGUUCUGUAAUGUUGAUUUAAAGGAAGAAAUCGGGAAGGAGACCUUGAAGGCGCCAUCUGGAGAAGUAGACCAAGAUCCUAAACAUGGCACAAGUGAGGUUUUUGCAUCUCAAGAGAAGACUAAGACUUCUACAACUGCCAGAGGUUCUGAUAUUGGAGCUAAGAACCGAUUCUACCAACUCACGGCGACUGCUGACUGCUUAUUAUUAGCUGUCUGUGAUGCUAAGGGUAUCGUUUCUUUGGUCUCCACUGACGAUUACUUUGCAAGCGAGGCUUUCAUUUCGUCAGGAACUCGUGGGAACCGAGGUGCUGAGUGCUAUGAUUUGAAGCCAUUGUCCGGCUACGAAGUAGCAGGAUCAGAUAUUGGUGGUGUGAAAUAUGAGAGUGCUGUAGCAAACCGAAAUUGGAUUAAUUUGUCGUUUGAGGGUGGAAAUUCUUGCGCUACGACUUCCACCAAGCGUGGGGGUCGCACAUCUUUGCCUUCCUUUGGGAUAAAUAAUUCUAGCAACUGUCCAUUGGGAGCAAGUGGGUUUACAACCAAGGACCGUGUUCACCAAUAUCAGAUCCGAGGAGUAGGCUUUGCCCAUUCAUUGCAGCUCCUGCGAAAAUUAUUCGUGCCCAACAGGCCUUCAAGUGGUUUUCUUGGGAUGGCUUUGAAUCCAUACAGCAUCACGUGUGCCUCAGCCAAUACUUCCGAAGGGUUCAUUUUAUUACAAAAUGGGUUGUAUGUAGGGCACAGGCAACUAGAUGAAGCUGAAUUGAACGACAGUGAAGGAUUUUCUAGAACUGUCAGUAAAUCCUCCAUUGGUAAUGUUUUAACUUUCAGCUUUCAAGGGUGCCUAUACAUUGUAUCUCAAACGGGCCUACAUGUGGUACUUCCUCCUUUGGCAAGCCGGCAGCGUCAAUUAUCAGGUUCCAAGUGGUAUAAUGAAGUGGGAAGGAAAGAUGUGUCAAGUAAAUGGGACUGUUUGUUGCCUUUUGAAAGCCGCAAACUUGUUACUCGGCAAUGGCAAACAGAAGUGUUGGACAGGUGUAUUAUCUUCAACAGUUUGAAGGAGACAGAACAAUUGUGCCUAGAGAAUGGAUGGAGUAUACAGCUUAUGAGGUUACGGAGAUUGCAACUUGCUCUGAACUAUGUUAAAGUGGAUGAAGUGGAGCAGUCAUUGGAGGCACUCGUGCUGGUCGGGGCUGCGGAAGCCGGGAUACCACAAGUGCUGCUUGGUGCUGUUGAACUAAUGGCUGAUUCUUUUGGGUCUGAUAAUGAGCUUGCACAAGCCUGCAGGCUUCUUGAACUGGCAGCUAGAUUCUCAACAAGGCUUAUUCGCUCUCAUGGGCUUUGGCAGCGGCAGCAUUCUAGGUCAAAUAAAACGAUAGUUUCUACGUCCUCCGCACAUUUCCCAUACAAGGACCUGUCUGAUUCCAAGCCUGUAGGUCAUGUCAGCGAUCUUGCUCGACUGCUUGAAGUGAUCCGAAGUGUUCAGGACCGAUUACAAGCUAAACGCAACGGACCAAGUCGAGGUGCCAAGGCUGAUGCGAGCAACGAAGCAUUUGGAUCAUCAGUCGAUUUACAGAGUAAAACGAAACCUAUCAUCGAAUUUCCUCCUGAAAAUGCUGUGCAAAGUGUUGAAGCAGAGAAUAUAAUUACCAGUAGGGAGGAGCAACUCAAAGUGCUUCUGGGCUCUCAAGAUAGUGUCGCUUCAAGUGCCUUGGUGCCUACAGGAACAUUCCAUAGUUCAGGAGGUUCUUGGGGUGUCUCUAUCGGUGGUCCCUUUGAUGGAAAGCCUAAACGAGGAUCAACUGUUGAAAGUGCGGCGGAAAUGUUUGCUCGUUGGGAAAAUGAGGAUGUUGAUGCUGAAAAUAUAGUGCGAGAUGCAUUGCGGGCUGGACGUGUUCCCCUGGCUGUUGUACAGCUACAUAAAAUCCGGUCUAGAGAGUUCUUGAACGGUCCUCAAACGCAGCGACCCCAGAUGAUUGAUGUGUUUCAGGAUGUACAGAAAAUUGGCCGAGGGAUUGUAUACGAGUUGCUGUGCAAGGGCAAAACAGCACUGGCAAUGGCAGCGUUGCGAAGAUUAGGAGAGGAGAUUGAUGUUGCUCAUUAUGAGUUGGCAUUUGGAACUGUGAGGCGUGGUCUUCGGAAGCAAAUGAGGACAGAGUUACGGCGCAGUUCUAAUCGUCUGGGUUCUCGGGACUCCCAACUGCUUGAAAUCGUUUUAUUUUUAGAGAAUCUCUAUCCUAACAGCAGUUUUUGGAGCACGUACCGUCUUAAGAGGGUGAAGUCUAGUAGCCAUACUGUAGAGGAGCCUUCGUCGAAUGAGGAAGAUUGUGAACUAUUACAAUUAAUCUGCGGCAGCGGAGCAGUUAGCCCAUUUACUCUACAGUGUGGAGAAGUUGAUGGAGUGGUCCUGGGGUCAUGGGAUUAUGAAGCAGAUCCUGAAGCUUUAGAUGCUGCAGGUGCGGAGCAAGUGAACCCAGCUGCAGGGUACCUGGUAACGGCUGCUGUGUGGUUGCACGUUUGGGACGAGGUGACUGUAGGCCGGGUAGUAUUGGACCAGUCGCUGGACACUGGAGAACAUAAAUCUUGGGGUGCCCAGCUGGAAUACCAUGUGGUGCACAACGACUGGCCCCAGGUCUCGGCCUUACUGGACGACAUCCCUUAUUCUGUUCUUGACGACGACGAAUUACGAAUUCAUCUUGAUGCAGACGAGGAUGUUGAAUAUCUCCACGAUGAAGUUAAACAUCCGGAUCUGGAUUCAGCUGAUGAGCAAUCACCAAGAGCACCACAUUUUGAAGAAAUUAUGCGUUGUGUACCCAAGGUACAUAUUUUGAGUAUCAACAUGCGGUCCAUGUGCAGCGCUUGGUUAUGGCAUAUGAUGGAAGUGAAGCUUAUUAGAAGCCAUAUAUUUUUACGCACACAUUGGCAAGGGACUUUAGAACUGGUUUCGUUGCUAGCAUCUGCUGAAUUGGUUUACCAACGCAGUUCUGGGAAGCCGUCCAGCACCAGUUGUAAACAAUCAUCACCUGUACUGGGCGUUCCUAGAAAGGAAACUUUUCACAAAGACACUCUGAGAGCACUACAUGAACUUGUGGUUCGGCAUUGUGUGAAGUAUUCACUCAUCAAUCUCUUGGAGCGAUACUUGAAUUACCACUCCUUAGCUCUCGAUAAAGGAUCUGUAGCUGCCAUGCAGUCUGCUGUGGGCAAUUGCAACUGGGCACAGUGGCUUCUUCUCUCGCGUUUGAAAGGACGGGAGUAUGAUGCCUCUGUCGCGAAUGCUCUCACUAUCUCCAGGAAAAAUUUAGUACCUAACCACGGGUUAGGAGUUGGUGGCCAAUUGAAAUCUAUGAUGGAAGAAGGCAAUUUAUUACCAAAUAGAGAAAUAGUGGCAGUUUCAACUUUAAUGUAUGGGCCCCUGCCUAUUCAAAAGUGUUUAGGAUUGGGCAGUGUGAACAGGCAGGAACUCCGCCCAUGGCAGUGUUUCACGGUGGAUCUUCAACCUGGGCUUCAACGUUUCCCCACUGUGUGGCAUACCCUGGUCGCCGCAUGUUAUGGACACGAUGCAUGGAGUUUUGUUCGGCCACUUGGACCCAAAAUAGGAGGAAGGAUGAAAGGUUUGUCUGGUUACUUGGAGUGGCGAGGAACUAUUUUCAAAUCUGCAGCGGAAGAUGUGUCGCUUAUAGAAAUAAUGCCUCAUUGGUUGCCAACAAGUGUUCGCCGUCUUAUUCAGCUGGCUUUUCAGCAGGGAGCUGUUGGGAAAACUCAAGUGGCUAUGCCACAGACAAGUGAGAUAACACUUAGAGCUAUACCAGAUACAGCUCUCAGAGAGCGUGUAGUUCGAAGAGCAGAUGUCGAGAUGGAAGAAGCUCACAUUUCAGACUGGGAGCACUCAACCCAGAUGACUAUUAAGGAAGAACUGUAUGCUGUCUCUCCAGAGGAGGCUGGUAUGGAUGUUGAGCAUUAUCUUCGAAGGGGUCGUCCUCUAGCAGCUUUCAGCUCGCUACUCUCCUUGCGGGCUCAUAAAUCAGGCUCCUUCAAUCCACAGCCAGGUCGACAGUCUUCCUACGAUCCUCAAAGUAUUUUAUCAAAUAUAACAGAGACUGAGGAGUCUCUCAUUACUUCAGUACUUUCACUAGCAAUCCUAAACUUUGAAAACAUCAUCGUAGUGGCCGCUUGCGUAUCCUUCCUAGAGCUUUGUGGGCUUUCGGCACAACUGCUGCAAGUGGAUGUUGCAGCCCUUAGUCGAAUAUCGCUCUAUAUCAGAGACCAACAGCAUAAGGAAGGUAGCCUAAAUACGGGGUUGAACGAGACUGCAGCUGAUAAAGAUGCUAGAACCGAUUUGAUGAGGUCCUUAGUUCAAGGUCUUACUGAGGAGUACACUGCUAUUGGCAUUGGAAUACUUAGUGGCAAAGGAUUGUUAAAUUCAAGGCCUCGAAAGCCGGUCAUGGCCAUAUUGCAGCUACUUGAGAAUUCAAGUUUGAACCACGAUGGUUUAAAGAAGCUGGAGAGCAAUGCCGGUGCUUGGCUCAUGAACGGAGUUGGUGAUGGUGCUGAGUUAAGAACUGUGCAACGAUCUAUGAGUGAGCGAUGGAGUCUUGUGACAGCUUUCUGUCGUGGCCAUCAGCUUCCUAUUAGUACCACUUACCUGGCAACGAUAGCUAGAUGCAAUGAUUGGGUUGGAUUUUUAGCAGAGGCUCAACUUGAAAGCUGCCCUUCAACUGUUCUUAUUAGUGUGGCAUCCAAGGAGUUUUCCGAUUUGCGUCUACGAAGCCACAUCUUGACUGUCCUGAAAUUUCUAACGCCGGCUUCACCAAAACCAUUAACACCGCAUUCGAAUGUUUCUCACUUUUCGUCAGGUGAAUCGCCGGAUGCAUUUGAGAAUGGAGCGCCAGGAGAAUUAUUUUCUCUAUUGGCAGAGUGUGAGACAGAAAAGCAACCGGGUCGAGAACUCUUGGGUAGAGCCAAAGUUUUACGAUGGCCAUUGCUCGCUGUUGUGGCGUCAUGUUUUGCUGAUGUGACCCCCUUGUCUUGCUUAACAACAUGGCUGGAAUUAACAGCUGCCAGGGAAACUACAGUUAUCCAGGUGAAUGAUGUAUUUAGUCAAGUUUCUGCAUCUGUAGGAGCUGCUGUGGAGGCAACAAAUGCUCAACUUGACAGGAAUACCUGCGUAUUUGGUUAUGACUGGAGCUAUCCAAAGAAGCAACGUUCUAUGUCACCAAAGGAUGUAACGACAAUAUCGAAAGAUCAGAAAGCUGAUAUAGGUCCUUCGGAGGUAUCGCUUAGACGUACUACUUCUAAUAUGGUACAAGAGGUUGAUGCAAGACAGAAAAGUAAGAAAAUUACCCUCUAUGUGCCAAGUGCAGCAGAAGAACAGGAAUCUCUGGCAGCUAUGGUGGCUGUACUAUGUGAGCAGCAGCGUUUUGUGCCCCUGCUUCGAGCCUUUGAGUUAUUUACUCCUUCGUCUCCGCUUCUGCCAUUUAUCUGCUUCUUGCAGGCUUUUGCACAGAUGCGUAUCUCUGAUGCUGGAGCUCAACUAGCAUCCUUCUCACAUUGUCUUAAAGAGGAUCAGCGCAAACAACACAGCCAGCAUACUAGAAGUACGAAGAGUAACACAAUGUGGAUCACAGCAGCGGCGGUGGCAGCAGCAGAUGCCAUGUUGGAUUCAUGUCCUUCGCCGUAUGAGCACCGUUGCCUCCUCCAACUACUUUCAGCUGCAGAUUUUGGGGAUGGAGGCUCAGCAGCCAUUCGGUUCCGCAAACUGUAUUGGAAGAUGCAACUAGCAGAGCCUUCUCUUCGUUCAAGGUCGGGCUCGUUGGCUGAUGCAAAGAAUCUUGAUGACGAUGCAUUGCUUCAGGAGUUGGAGAAGAAUGGCCAGUGGGAGGAAUCCCGAAGUUGGGCAGGACAGUUGGAUCUCAGCUCACAACACACUAGAUCUGCUUUUCAUCAUGUGACUGAAACUCAAGCAGAAGCAAUGGUCGAGGAGUGGAAGGAGUUGCUGUGGGAUGUCCCAGAGGAGCGUGCAGCACUUUGGAGCCACUGCCAAGCACUUUUCAUGAGGCACUCUUAUCCUUCGUUACAGGCAGGGUUGUUCUACCUGAAACAUGCAAAUGCAGUGGAGGGGCAGGUUCCAACAUCGGAAUUACACAGUAUUCUCUUGCUGGCCCUCCAGUGGCUUAGUGGCUCGUUUAACGAUUCCUCGCCAGUUUAUCCGUUACACCUGUUACAUGAGCUAGAGAUCCGAGUAUGGCUUCUUGCAGUUGAAGCAAAAGUAGAGGCACAAACUAGUAGAGAUCAGGAAACUGUUCUCUUAGGACGGUCUAAGGCGCGCAGCACCAUUGGACUUCGGAAUGGGGAACCUGGUUCUGGGAAUCCUGUGGACCUUACAGCAAAUGCUGUUGCAGCUGUUGACAGUCACCUAAGAAAGCCGAACACAAGGUCGCAGAUUGAAAGUUCAGCAGACGACAAUGGACGUAAGCUGGUUCGUUCUCGAAGUGUUCAAACUGAGGAAGUCAGUAGCUCCCGGGGUGGGUCAGUUGCACGGAUGAAGCGUCGAACCAAGCAGUUGAGACGUACGCAAUUGGAUAACACGGAGAACGGUGCUCCUAGUUCUCCGGAAGAAACUAAAAGAGAUAGUCUUGAUCGGCGCAACAGUUUCGAUCGCCCCGAAAGUUUCAAUCGCUUCAAUAGUAGCGACGACAGAGAGGUUCUCAACAGGCAUCACAGCCUUUCAGUUGUUCAAGGUCAAAUAAGGGGCACCCAAAUUAACGAUGCCCAAAUUAACCUUGCAGAGGACAACUCUUCAACGCCGGAUGAAGAAACAAGAGGAUGGGAAGAACGGGUUGGAGAGGGAGAGGUGGAAAGAGCGGUUUUAGCUUUGGUGGAAGUUGGCCAGGUUCCAGCAGCUAGACAGUUGCAGCUAAAGUUGGCCCCUACUCAUGUACCUCUGGAGCUUCUUCUUGUUGAAGCCGCUCAAAAGAUUGCAACCUUGUCUAUGCCAACAGCGAAGUGGUCUGCGGUGCCUGCAUUCUUGCAUCCUACAGUAGUAGAAUGUUUACUUUCUACCAAAUUCUUUGAUAAUUAUGCUUCAGUUACUCCCAUGCAGGUCUUGAACGCAUUGACGAAUGCUUGUCGAGAAGGUUGUGGACGUGGACAUUGCCGAAGGAUAGCUGCAGUGGCUCAGAUCAGCCAUUUCUUGGGCCUUACUUUUACAGAAGCAUCUUCGAAGACACCUCCUGAGCUACUGCAGCUCCUCUCGCUAAAGGGAAAAGAAGCGUUUUCCGAGGCUAAACUGCUAGUGGAUACUCACUCAAUGCCAGCCCCAGCCAUCGCGAGAAUCUUAGCGGAAUCUCAUCUAAAGGGACUUUUGGCAGCACAUCGUGGAGGUUUUAUGGAGUCUUCAUUCAGAGAAGAGGGACCAGCGCCGCUGCUAUGGAGGUCCUCCGACUUCAAAGCGUGGGCUGAGCUCUGUCCAGUUGAAUCUGAAAUCGGACAUGCACUAAUGCGCCUGGUCAUUAGUGGCCGUGACAUUCCACACUCGUGCGAGGUGGAACUCAUUAUCUUGGCCCAUCACUAUUACGAAUUGUCUGCAUGCUUAGACGGAAUUGAUGUUUUAGUUUCAUUGGUUUCUACACGUGUGGAUCUAUACGUGGUUGAAGGUGAAUUUGCUCUUAUAGCACGGCUUGUCACGGGUGUCAGCAACUUUCACAGACUCCGAUUUAUACUUGAUGUAUUAAUCGAGCAUGGUUCUCUGCAGCUUCUUCUUCAGAAGAAGCCUUUUUUUGAUCCGGCCAUAGAAGCUUCGCCAUUAUCUGUUCGUGGAUUCUGCAUGGCUGUUCUCGCAGCUCUCAAGCGCUUCAAUGUCAAUGACCAGGAUGCCUUGAUGCAGGUGUAUAAUCAUUUCAACAUGCCACAGGAAAUGGCAAUUUUAUUGCUACUCCGAGCACGCAAGUCCGUGGAGAAAUGGGUAGAUCCUGCUGACCCUGAAUAUGGUGAAGAUGUGCUGGAAUCUAUGCGCUUGUACGUGGAGGCUGCAGAAGCAUUUUCAAACAUUUCUGCUGGUAUGAAUACCAGUAUGUGUUGUGCACAAGCAUCAUUAUUAUCUCUUCAAUUGCGAAUGCCUGAGUUAACAUGGCUUAAUUUGUCCGAGACCAAUGCAAGGCGCCGGCUUGUUGAACGGCCCCGCUUUGAAGAAGCUCUCAUUGUGGCCAAAGCGUAUGAUCUUAACCAAACAGAAGAAUGGGUGCCUGUAUUAUGGAAUCAGAUGCUACAGCCAGGUCGCAUUGAUCAAUAUUUAUCGGAUUUUGUUGAGUUUCUCCCUCUCCCAUUCAGCAUGCUUAUGGAGUUGGCCCGGUUCUAUCGCGCGGAGGUCUCUGCACGAGGCGAUCACUUGGACCAUUAUUCCAAGUGGUUGACUCCAGGCGGAACUCCUCCGUGUGGCUCGACCUAUUUGGCCAAGUCCAUGAGGUUCCUUCUAAAACUAGUGCGAGAUAUUAGGUCGUGUGUCCAGCUGGCCAUCGUUGCGACUGGGUUCUCUGAUAUUGUCGAUGCUGGCAUGCAAGCCCUGGAUAAAGUGCCAGAUUCUGCUGGCCCAUUGAUUCUACGAAAAGGUCAUGGCGGCACCUACAUCCCUCUUAUGUAGUGUGAUUAAAAUUUCGUGUACAUCUGAAAUACACGGCUUGACGACUAGGUAUUCAUCAUGGUUUACAAGCUUGGCCAGCAUUCUCUCAGCCACUAGUGUUGAUCAAGGUCGAGAACUGACGCUGACACUUCACGAAGUGUAGCAGUGAUGGAUCGUUGCAUUGAGUUACGUUUGGAUUUGAUAGCCCCUUUGCCAUUACAUUAGAUUGCUGUUUAGAAUGGAGGGGCAAGGUCCCUCUUUACUAGGCUUCCCAGUUACAUAUAUUCAUAUCAUUCAUUUUCGAUAUCUACGAACACUAGCGAAGUGUAUAUUAGUUGUCCUUGUGUGUUAAGAAAGCGAGUUGUGCAUAAAGGUGUUUGCAGAUAUAGUUUCAGUUUGCAACAUUGAACUGUAAAUGUUAAUCAUUCAUUAUACCAGCAUUAAAUUUCUGCACUUCAUGCAGCUACAUAUGUUAUCCGAA